AGUCCAAACUCCAGGAGUGGGAGGAGCUAGUGAGAUCUGAUGACAAGGUGUCAGCUGUGGAGGCCCGCCUACAGAAGGACAUCAAGAACCUCAAAAGGGAGAAAGAGGUCCUCAGUGAAGAUGUGGAGGAUUUGAAGAAGAGGCUGGAGGAGGUGGCGUCUAGUGAGGAGAAGUUGUCUGAGAUAAACCAGCAGUUAACGCAGCAGAUGUCUCAGAUGGUCCGCGAGUAUGACCAAGACAAACGCGAGGCGCUCGAUCGCUGUCAGCGAGCGUGCGAGUCCGUACAUGAGACAGCCAAGGAACAGCUGAGACUUCACAUGAUUGACGAGUUCACGGCAGAGAAGACCGGUCUGAUCACCAAGUAUGAGAGGGAAUGCACACAGCUAAGAAAUGAUUUGAAUUCAGCCUUACAUGAAGUGGACCAGGUCAAACAAUUGUAUGUCAAGGUGUGUUCUGAGAAGGACCUUUUGGAGGAGAAGAUGAAGAAGGAAAAUGAAACUGAAACCUUCCAGAAAUUACAAGAGUUGAGAGCAGAACUGAUCAGUGAGAAGGACAUGGCUGUGCAGAAAGUGAAGGAAGAAAUGGCAGCAGACGAGGAGAGAAUUAGGUCAGAGGUCACCGAGUCUCUAAAGAAGAAAACAGAAGAGGACAUCCAGAAACUACUGGAAACCAAGAUUGCUAUGUGUAAGAUGGAGUGGUUUGAGGAGCAGCGGUCCUCUAAACAGGCGGCAGUGGACAAUGCGGUCAAACUGACGGAGGCGGAGUGGAGGGCGAAGUUAGAGACGGCCGUGGAUACAGAGGUCGAGUCAAGACUCCAGGAAGCUAAGACUGAGUGGCUGGCACAGAGAAAGGAACUCCAACAGAAAGUGAAAGAAGAGAGAGAAAAGUGGAGAAAGACAUCAGAGAACGAACUCCAACAAAAAUUAGAAGAAGAGAGAGAAAAGUGGAAAAAGACGUCAGAGAACAAGCUCCAACAAAAAUUGGAAGAAGAGCGAGAAAAGUGGAAAAAGAAUUCAGAAAAUGAGCUCAAACAGAAAAUUCAGGCAGAGAAGGAGAGCUUAGAGAAGGAGACAGAGAGAAUUGUACAAGAGAGACUAAACGAGGAGAGAGAGACAUUGAGAAGGGAGCUAGAGAAAGAGAACCAGAUAAAGGUGUCUGACAACAGGGAAUUGUGGGAAAAGGAGGCACAGGAAAAGCUGGAGAAAGAAAAAUCUUUGUGGGAGAAGCAAGCAGAGGAAAAACUGAUGUCUGAGAAGAAGGCCUGGGAGAAGCUGGUGGCUGAGAGUCUGUCAGCAGAGAAGGAUGCCUGGGACAGAGAAGUAGAGGAGAAAUUCCGAGAGGAGCGGGCGGAGUGGGGGCGGGCGACAGAGGGCGACAUACAGCGGAAGGUGACGGAGGCCAUAGAGAAAUGUCAAAGAGAGGCUGAACAGGAAAUGAAGCGAGCCAUGGAGAGGGAGAGGUCAAAGGUCACUUCUAAGACAGAGUCGGAUAAGGAAUCUUGGUUGAAGAAGGAGAAAGAAAAAUGGCAGAAGAAAUCUGACGCAGAAUUACAGGAGAGAAUCCAAAAGGAGCGAGAGGACUGGAAAGAGAAAACAGAGAUAGACGUCCUACAGAGGAUCCAGACAGAGAAGCAAAAAUGGAAUGAAGCCAAGGAAAAGGAGAUCCAAGCGAAGGUAAAACAAGAGAAGAAGAACUGGGAGCAGAGCUUAGAGCUGCAAACACAGGAGAGGAUCGAGACAGAAGUAGAGGAGAGGAUCUCGCAGGAGCGGAGUCAGUGGAAGGCAGCAUCAGACAGGAAGUUGUCAGAGGAAAUUCAGGCUGCUGUGGAGCAGGCUCGCAGAGAAUGGGAGGACAGCCAUGAAGAGAAUGUACAGAAAAUCAGAGACGGCAUGGAGGAGUCGAUUCAGGAAAGGAUUGCUGCUGAAGUUUCAUUAGCCUUGGAUGAUGCCAAGAAGUUGUGGCAGAAAGAACAAGAAGCUGAGACAGCAGCCAAUAAUUCAUCCUUCGAAAUUUCCCAGAGUGUCUUAAAAGAGGAAAUAGAGACCCUGAAGAAAGACCUGGAAUCCCUGACCAAGGAAUUAAAAACCCGAGAGGAGAAAUUCCGGAGGGAAAAGUCCGAGUUGUUAAGACAGAAGGACGUCGAGCGUAAACAGGCGGUGGCGGAGGUACAGGAUCAGUGUGAGAAAGAUUACGAGCAGUUCACCGCAGACCACCACGAUACGCUGACACUGGCACUGAAAACUGCACGUGAACAACACAAUAGAGAAAAGAUGGAGCUGGAGAAGAGACAUGCGGAGGAAAUCAGGAAGCACCAGUUUAACGAGAACCAGUUAAAGGAAGCUCUAAAAAGCAGCACCUCUGAUAAGAGCUUGCUUCUCACCUCUGGAGAAAAUGAGAAACACGAGAAAGAGAGGGAAUUAUGGGAAAAGGAGAACUACCGCUUAAAACAGGAAGUGAUGGAGCGAGACCAGCUUCUAGAGAAAGCUGACAGGCAUCUGUCACAGGAAGUGGAUCGCCUUCGCCUGGAACUCGAAUCUGCCUACCAAAGUCAACUGGAUGCUGAAAAGCUUAAUUUGAAGAAAGAAUUUGAAAAAGGAAACCACAUGGAAAAAUCUGAUCGCUCCGAACUGGAGGCGAAAUUAAUGGACCUCAGACAUGAGAAAGAGAGAUUCAGGACUGAAUUAGGGAAGGUCACUGAAGAAAAUAAGAAAGUGAUUGAUGAGAUCCACAAGGUCACGGACGAAAGUUACAAGGUGAAAGGUCAAGUUCAUAAACUGGGGGAGGAGAAUAAGAAAUUGAAAGAAGAGAUAAAGGUCAUGAAGGAGCAGGGUUUCGGUGAGAGUAAGAGAUAUGUGAAAGAAAUUCAGGAAUUGAAGGGGAAGUUGGAAAACCAAGACAGGAGACUUAAUGAGCAAAAGGGUCAAGAGGUCGAAGUUCAGAAACUCAAGGCCGAAUGUGAGAAGUUGAAGUCAGAGAAUGAUGUGAUUUGUAGCAUUCGAUCAGAAUCGGAGAGAUUGAAAGCCAAAUGGCAGGAAAUUCUGUGUGAAAAAUCUGAAAUGGAGGCUAAGUUUACCAGUAUAGAAUUAGAACUGAAACAGAGUGAGAAGGAAAAGUUGGAAAUGGUAGAGAAUUAUGGGAUGCUAAAGUCGGAGCUUGAUAAAGUGGCCUCUGAGAAAAUGUUGUUCUCUGAGAAUGUGAAGAAUCUUGAGAUGGCGUAUAAAAAAGACCUGGCUCAACAGAAACAGAAGCAAGAGGAGAGUCAAACUCGAUUCGCUCGCUCAGAGAAAAUGUUACACGACCUUAAACAUUAUUACAAAAAUGAGAUUGAGAAAGUGAAGAAAUCUUUAGAAAAAGACAAUGCCAUAGCCAUGGAGUCCAUGAAAAACAAGAUGAGGGAAAUGGCGAAGGCUCACAACGCUGCGAUGUCUGCCCUGACACGACAGUAUAAAGAGGAAAUAGUGGAGAUGAAGGAACGGUCCACAGACAAGUGUCUGAGUGACACAGAAGUCCAGACUGACUCUGAGGACCUAAGUGAUGAGAGCAUGUUUGAGUUGAGAGAUCAGUACCUGGACACGGUCAAUAAGAUUAAAGAUGAUGUCAUGAAGCACAUAACGGAUACAAACAUGCGAGCUGCGGAAACUGUCCGACAGGAAAUGCAGAAGGAACGUCACACCACACUGGCUCAGCUGAAAAAGAUUUACAUGGAGAACGUCCGCAAAGUCCUACACAAUGAAAUCAUUGGAGCGAAUAUCGAAGCCAAGCUAGCAGACAUAGAAGAAGCUCUGGAUGCAAUUUCUUUUGAUAAAAGUUCAAGGUCAAGUUCAAGGUCAACCACACCCAGGAGUGAUAUGUCAGCACCCAUUUCGGGUCAAGGACAUUUAGAAUCAAAAUCAGACUAUGGGGUCAAAUUUCAAGGCAACAGAGACAUGAACUCAGGGUUGGGGAAGUCUGCUUCUGAUUAUAGACAGAAUGAUUUUCACUCCAAACACAAUGGCUACUCCACAGUGUCAAGGUCAUACCAGGAUAUCCGUGUCGCACCCAUAGCAAGGUCAAAUGAUUACAUGCCAAUGACAAGGUCACAUGAUUAUUCCAGUGAAAGGUCAAAGUCCCGUCCACGAUCAGCUGGUGAUGGAUCUGCAAGAAAGACAGAGGACCGCAUUCCAUAUAAAAUGAACAGUGAUUUGCAUUUGGAAAUCUCAUCAAAAGGAUCACCUUCAAGUAAUGUUUUCCACAGUCCACCACAACGAAGCUUGAAACUCUCUCCAGAAAGGCUAGAAAGUCGUCAUCCAGAAAGGCUGGAAAGCCGUCAUCCUAGAGAGAAAAGUCGGUCAAAUCGUAUUCAGAGAGACAGAUCGGUCAGCAAAGAAGUGACAUUUAGUAAAGACUGCAAGAGGUCGUCUCCUGAUAGAAUGGAAUACGGAAGACUGCAUCCCAAUAUCACCUCCAGAAAACUCUCCCCCCGUGACCAUUCCACCUCAAACGAGAAUUCUGAUCAGGAAUACAAUAGCCCCCGGACAUUUAAAUUGGGGCAGUUCAAUGGUGUGGACUUGCUUCCUAGUAGAUAUGUUGUUCCUUCACUGCGUGAACAGAAUUCCAGUAAAUUUGAAGCAGUCGAUCCUCAUCCUGUAGAACGGAUGUCCAAAUUUCAACAGGAAGAGGUCGCCAGUCCCACUUCCUCACUUAACCACAGCGCCCUCUAUAAGGCAAAAUCUGAAUCAGAACUCAGUAUGGAGCAGAAGAACAGUUCGUUAGGAGGAAGCUACAAGUACCUGCCACUCAGGGAUGCCCUUAAUAAACCCAGUGACCUAACCGAUUCCCCAAAAGGCAGCAGCCUGUCGCAGGAGGAUAUAAGAUUUUCCAGCAUGCAGGCGAUGAGUUUCGAUGGUAAGAAAGCUUACAGUGUUGAUGUGGGUCUGCAGAGUCUGGGUUUAGACUCCCACUCCCCCCGAAAAUUUAACCCCUCCCCAGAAAAACUGACCCCCCAAAGAGAUGCUGGCGAGUCUCCCAUGGGGACACCCAGAAUGCAUAGGAAGAAUUACUCCCAUGGGAAAGAAGGAUUUGGUGAUGUGGAACAUGUUCGGAAAAAUCUCGGCCAAGGUUUUAGUGCAGACAGCUGGACGGAGGUGCUGCUGCGCACCAAAGAACCUGUAAAAACCCUCGUUCAGAAGUUUGAGCCCAAGAGCCAGUGAUUGAUGUGUGAAUUUUUCAAAAAUAUAAAUGAGCUGCUGAAAUUUUUAAUAUGUUCAUAUUUUAUAAUUAAUGGAAAAAUUUUGCCAUUUAUUUUCUAAUGGGCUUCUUAUUUCUGAGAUUGGCUGUGUGUAUGGACUUUUUUUUUAUUUGAAGAAAUUAAUUGAUUUGCAUUCUUGUAACAGGAACUUUGAUCAUCCAACAGUUUUGUACUUUUUCCUAAUGCAGAGAAUACCUAAGUAAUGUUAAAUAAUAAAUGUAAUUAACCUAAGCAUUCGAAAUUCAUGAUAUAGUGAUAUGCUUCUCCACUGUUGAAACGGGUAAAUGUAGACACUUCCAAGCCAGUGUGUUGUCUGUGAUAGAUGUUUAAUUCCGUCCAUGCUUAAAGUAUUGAUGUACCUGUACAAAAGGAUGUAGUCAACACAUUACUACUAUACGCUAGAUAGGGUGUACAUGUGUGUAUGAUAGGGAUAAAGUACUUGUAUGUAUAAAUGGCAAACUUGUUUUGUCCACUAUUUUAACAUUAAUGGAAUGCCAUGUACUUCCGAAGUAAAUUUAAAGAUGAUUGAUAUCUAAUAACUCUUUUUACAUGUGGACAAAAAUUAAAGAAAUUUUGCAUUGAAGAUAAUGGAUGCAAAUGUUUAUGAUAUAUGCCAUGUUUUUUUUUUCUUCUAUAUAAUAAUGACAACUUUUCCAAAUUAAUUCAACAAUUCCCCUGACACUUGAUGCAACAGCUAAUUUUGCUUACAGUAUACAUCAAGUUUA